AUGACGCACGAGCUAAAAAACCAACUAAUAAAUAAAGGCAAGCACGAGCGCUCCCUGCAGUCGCUGUACGUGCAGAGGUGCCAUGUGCAGGGAACUGCCAAGCUUGUGGAUCCCACCAGGCACCACCUCAGCAUGACCCAGGCAUGUGUGUGGUCUCACAACGAACCAGAGCAGGGAACUGAUGUGGAUGAGAACAGCUGCGCCUGGGACCGGGCCUGUGCGCCGAGCCCUACCUGCUGCCGGCAACAGGAGGAGCGGGGUGGGGAACGGGCGCUGCCGUCCCGCACAGGCCGCCGCGAACGCUGCGACCCCCCCGGGGCCUGCCCGGGGCCGGCGGGAGACGCCGCCGCCGCCGCCGUUGCCCCCCCUCUCUCCGGAGGCACCGUCCCGCCGGGGCUCACGCAGCGCCCCGCCGGCGGGAGCGGCUCCCCGGGGCCCGACGGCGGCCCUCCCCGCGCACCCACACCUGUGCGCCGCGGGCCCUGCCCCGCAGAGGAGCGCAGCAGGCCCGCCGCGGGAGGGGCGAGCGCUCCCGUCCUCGGAGAUCCCUCCGCCCUGUCCCCCUCGGGUCCUAAAAUGGUGGGCCGCCCAACCCUCCGCUCCCCCAGCCUGCCCGCCGCCACGGCUGGAGGGGACCAGCCGCCCCUGCGGCCCGGGCCGGGCUCCGCGGGGAUCCGGCGCCAGGCCCGCGCCUCACCCCGCCUCUCCCGGGAACACGGCAGCGCCGCUCCCGCCGGGCCGGGCCGCGCCGCCCCCGCCGGCCGCCCUUACCUGCGCCGAGCUCACAUCGCCGUGCCGGGGCCAGCGCUGCUGCCGCUGCCGCUGCCGCCGCCCCCCCUGCUCUCGGCAGCCGGCCGCCGUCUCCCCGCCGCCCGCGGGGCCGCAGCGGGGACAAUAACCGUGCUUCCCCUGGGGAUGGGGAAUAGGGCACUCACCGCCUGGUUCCUUUGCCUCCAGGGCAAAAACAGAGCGGGUACACCUGACCUACUGAUCCCAGGACAUGCUCUGAAGAGUUCAGCAGAAAAGGAGAGGUAGCUUGACCCAACCGCUGGAGAAGCCCUGUAGCCCACACCCAGGCAGUCCUUAACCCUUCUUUCCCUGCAUAAUGUGUGUGGGGUCUCCCAGGCAGGAAAACUCCCCCCAGAAGCAGCACAGUGAAAGCUCUAUCCAGCCACCAAUAAAGUCGUACUCAUGCUUGCU